UAUCACUUUAGUUAGUGAAAAAGAUUGAUAAGGAGAUGGUACCCACACAUAUAUAAGCGAAGGCUAGGUGCAUUUUUGUGUCAUAGAAUUUGGGGACAACAUAUUAUAGGGAAGAGUCAAAGUGAAAGAAUCAUAUUGUAGCCAUGAUGGAUUGGGGAGUUGUUCAACAAGGAUGGAGGAAAGGUCCUUGGACUCCUGAAGAGGACAAGUUGCUUAGUGAAUAUGUCAAAUUGCAUGGAGAAGGAAGAUGGACUUCUGUGGCUAGGGGUUCAGGUUUGAAUAGGAGUGGCAAGAGCUGUAGGCUGAGGUGGGUGAACUACCUGAGGCCUGGCCUUAAGAGAGGCCAAAUAACACCUCAAGAGGAAGGCAUCAUAAUUGAACUGCAUGCUCUCUGGGGCAACAAGUGGUCGACUAUUGCUAGAUACUUGCCAGGGAGAACAGAUAAUGAGAUAAAGAACUACUGGAGAACCCAUUUCAAGAAAAGAGAAAAAUCCUCUAGUCAUAAACAAGAAAAGCGAAAAGCUCAAGUUCUCAACAAAAAGUUGCAGCUACAGCAACAACAAGAGCAGCAGCAGCAGCAGCAGCUGGGUGACGAUAAAAUGAAAGCGAUCAACUUUACAAGUGAAGGAAAAAUCCAUGAGGCACAAGAAAAACAAGAGAUGGCUUUCAUGGGUCCCGAUCUGGAAAGUCAAUGCUUGCCUGUGAUGUAUCAAGAUAUUCCAUCAUGGGCAGAUUUUAUGGUGGAAGAUGGAGUACUCUGGGGUGGCCUCUGGAACCUAGAUGAUCAGGUUGAUCAUGCUAGUAACUGCAGCAAGAUUGCCAAGCAAAAUCAAGCAACAGCUUUUUCUUUUGCAGGGGGUUCAGACAAUACCUAUUCUAGCGCUGGAGGAUACAUUUUCUAAGAAUUAAUGGUUUUGGAACAUUAUUAAUUUGUGUCAGCAGAUAAUAAUGAGAGUAUCUUUGAAUCUUGUUAUGGGGUUUUUGUCCCCAAGGUUAGCUGGCUAAUUUUGCCAUGAACUCUCUAACUAUGCGAGUUGCUGUUUGUAUUUGAUACAUUUUAAUUAGUAGCGACUAGUGAGUUAUUCUUCCACACAUGUUCUGUCUUAGGCCAUUUCAGUGGUAGAAUGAGGUUGUUCUCCCACUAUGCAUCUAUGGAAUUUGAAUAAGAUAUCGAUCCUUACUA